UUCGCACAGACAAAAUGUCUUACGGCGUGGACGCUCGCCAUCGUAUUAGAGGAGGACGGGGUGGCAUGCGGACCGUAUCAGCACCUAAUGAAAGUGGUAAUGGUUCGAUGCCCUAUCAACGGCGUCCUAACCAACGAGGCAGAGGGAACUGGAAGAAGAGAGGUGGAGGAGGUGGUGGUAGAGGAUACGGCCAAGGCGUUAUGAAUUCGAGAAGCCGUCCAGAAGCAGCAAUAGACGAGGAAGGCGAUCAAUUCAUGGCGGACGUUUCACCUCCUCAAAGAUUUGCACCGUAUCAGCGACAGCGUCGAGGUCAACGUCAAGUGAGUAGCAUGGAUAGUAGGAAGGACGUUGGUGUGAGGAGCAGACUCGGAUUUCCCGGAUCCGGUGGCUCGCAGGGAGUGAGGAGAAGCGGAUGGAAUAAAGUGACUAUCCCUAAUGGUGCUGUGCACAGUCAAGAGUGGCUGCUUCGACAGCUACAAAGUCAUGUUUCAGAACCUUUCACGCCUGUGGAGUUCCACAUUUGUGGAGAGCUGGCGGCGUUCUUUGUCCAGGAACAAAGAGCAGCACAAGAGCUGAAGCAGGUAAAAAUCCGAACAAGAGACGGGUCAAUGUUAACAGUCAAUGUGAAGCCAUCAUCUGGACCACAACAUAGAGAUGCUCAUUUUAGUCAGACUCCUUUCAAUCAGACCCAUCGGCAAGUGGGAAACUUAGCCGAAGGAGCUGGUUCUAUGGGAUAUGUAACACUGAGUGGGCAGCUAACACCUGAACAAGAAGAAGUACUCAAGUUGGCUUUAGGAAAUCGUUAUAACAUUACGACUAAUGCACUCAACUUAUCAGAGUUCUAUUUUGAUGAAGUACUGAAAGCACAUGGAAUGCGUGGCAUUGUUAGUCGAGCAGAUUUCCUUGACAGUGUCUUGAGAAUUAUUCAGGAUAGUUGUUCUGAGCUAGUCUCACUUGAUCUCAGCAACAACAGAAUAGCUAAUCUUGAUGGUUGCAUCAACAUUAGUUCAAUGCUUCCGAAUCUACAUCAUCUAGGUCUCGCAAACAAUUUAUUGAGAUCUGAGAUAGAGCUAGUGAAACUCAAAGACUGUCCAAAACUAGUGGCUCUCUCGCUCGAAGGAAAUCCUUUUGUCUCUCAGUUAUCAAGCAGCUAUGCAAGCACAGUGCAGAGUCAGUUACCAAAUGUGACGUCGUUAGAUGGUCAGCAGCUAGCUCCUAAGAUUGGGUUUGAUCUUCCCACAAAGACUGAGCUUCCUGAAGCCAAGUCGAGUUUUGCAAUCAACCCACAAAUUAAGCAGUUUGUCUACAAAUUUCUAGAAACGUAUUACAAUCUAUACGACUCACCAGGAGGGAGAGAAAAGCUAUUAGAUGCUUACACAGAUGAUGCUUUGUUUUCAUUGGCUGUGACAAGCGUACAAGACAGGCAUCACAAAGGACCGCCUGUAACUGAGUAUUUACAGCAUAGCAGAAAUCUUCUAAGAGUGAAACCCGCACAAAAGAAUGAAUUAAUAAGGCGUGGCAGACUUCAGAUCGCGUCACUUAUUCAUAAAUUACCGUUAACAAGACAUGAUCUGGGCACAUUUACAGUGGACAUCGCCUUAGCAACAGCGACUUGUACAUGCUUCACUGUUUGGGGACUGUUCCAAGAAACAACAUUCGGCAGCAGACCUGUGGUCCGGUGCUUUUCACGCGUUUUUGUGUGUAUUCCAUCCGCACUAGGAAGCAACCUGACCAUUGUAAAUGACCAACUCCAUAUACGAAAUGCCACACCAUUGCAAAUGAAGGCUUUUGAUCAAUUGGGACCUGUUCCACAACCGUCGUUUGAUCAGUCAUCAACUAACGUCUUAGGAGCGCCUUCUGGACUUGCUGUUUCUGGGGGUCUUGUCUCACCAACAGGGUUACCAAUAGCGGAACAGAAAUCUUUACCUUUGGCUUCAACGGGGGGAAUGGUUGGACUCAAUCCUCAACAACAGGAGAUGAUUAUUCAGUUUAGUAAAGAGUCAGGAAUGAAUUUGGAAUGGUCACAGAAGUGUUUAGCGCAAAACAACUGGGUAUAUCUACAGUCAGCGCAAGCUUUCACUGUGCUACAGUCGAACUCCAGCAUUCCACCGGAGGCUUUUGUAAAACAGUAGCUAUUAUCUAAUAGAACACUACUACAAGAAUGUGCUCAGUUCACCAUCAACAUCUGACAUGCAAACGUCAUUUCAGACUUCCCGUUGAUUUUACUGUUGCCCAUGGCUGCAAGUUGUUGCAAGCCGUGUGCUGUGUAAUCUAGUUUGUAAAUCUUCAUUUCGUUAAAAAAGUAUCAGAUGUCAAUCAC